CAAGGCUAGAUGGCUGCUCAAGAUGGCGGCGCGCUAGGACCGUAUGUUGUGCGUUUCUAGGAGCUUCGCGGUACGGGUGGUUUAAGAUUCUCGUGUUAGAGGGCCAUUCCAAAUUGGUGGUUUGGCUGGAAUUUGGACUCCGUAGAUGGCUCUGAGUAAAUCAAUGCAUGCAAGAAAUAGAUACAAGGACAAACCUCCUGAUUUUGCAUAUCUGGCAUCCAAAUAUCCAGACUUUAAACAACAUGUUCAGAUAAAUCUGAAUGGAAGAGUGAGUCUUAAUUUUAAAGACCCUGAAGCAGUCAGAGCUCUGACUUGUACCCUGUUGAGGGAGGAUUUUGGACUUUCUAUUGAUAUUCCAUUGGAAAGACUAAUUCCUACAGUUCCCUUGAGACUCAACUAUAUUCAUUGGGUAGAAGAUCUGAUUGGUCAUCAGGACUCUGAUAAAAGUACUCUCCGAAGAGGAAUUGACAUAGGUACUGGAGCAUCCUGCAUCUACCCUUUACUUGGAAGUACCUUAAAUGGCUGGUAUUUCCUUGCAACAGAAGUUGAUGAUAUGUGCUUCAACUAUGCAAAGAAAAACGUGGAACAGAAUAACUUAUCUGAUCUUAUAAAAGUGGUAAAAGUACCACAGAAGACACUCCUGAUGGAUGCUCUUAAAGAAGAAUCGGAGAUAGUUUAUGACUUUUGCAUGUGCAAUCCUCCCUUUUUUGCCAAUCAGUUGGAAGCCAAGGGAGUGAACUCUCGAAACCCUCGAAGGCCGCCACCUAGUUCCGUGAAUACAGGGGGCAUCACAGAGAUCAUGGCAGAAGGAGGCGAGUUAGAGUUUGUUAAGAGGAUCAUCCACGACAGUUUACAACUGAAAAAAAGAUUGAGAUGGUAUAGCUGUAUGCUGGGAAAGAAAUGCAGCCUUGCUCCUCUGAAGGAAGAACUUCGUAUACAAGGGGUUCCUAAAGUCACCUACACUGAAUUCUGUCAAGGUCGGACAAUGAGAUGGGCCUUGGCUUGGAGUUUUUAUGAUGAUGUAAGAGUACCAUCACCACCAAGUAAGCGAAGAAAACUAGAGAAGCCAAGGAAACCCAUUACAUUUGUAGUGUUGGAGUCUGUGAUGAAAGAAUUAUCUCUUAAAGCGUCGCCUUUGGGCUCUGAGAGAGUAGAAGGCAUAGUAGUUGUAACAACAUGGAUUGAAAAAAUUCUCACUGAUCUGAAGGUCCAGCAUAAACGAGUUCCCUGUGGAAAGGAGGAAGUUAGCCUUUUCCUAACAGCCAUAGAAAACUCCUGGAUUCAUUUAAGGAGAAAGAAAAGAGAACGAGUGAGACAAUUGAGAGAAGUUCCUCGAGCACCUGAGGAUGUCAUCCAAGCCUUGGAAGAGAAAAAGUUCACCCCCAAAGAGUCUGGCAGUAGCCAAGAUUUGGCUCAGGGCCCUGGGGAGAGUACCCUGUGUGGGCCUGCUGUACAGGAAGGCGAGUCAGCCCCUAUUAAGGGUCAUGGCUCAGUCCAGGAUUCGCUUUCUCUGGAGGAAAACCUAGAACCUAUGGAGGACGAAAAGAGUGAGGAAAAAGGAGAGAUGGAGGGUUUGGAAGGUUGUAAAGGCACUAGCAAUGAAACCCAGGACCAAGAGGCUUCUGAGCAGUUCAGCAACCCGGUGUCUGAAAAAGGGAACCAUGUUCAAGGAGUGGCUGGACAUUACCUAUUCAAGUGUUUGAUAAACGUUAAGAAAGAGGUAGAUGAUGCCUUAGUUGAAAUGCAUUGGGUUGAAGGUCAGAACAGGGAUUUGAUGAACCAGCUUUGUACCUAUAUACGUAACCAAAUUUUCAGGCUCGUUGCUAGCUAACUCCAGACUUCUAGCAUAGUUGGGGAAGUUCUAUAGAGCAACUUGUUUUGGAGUGGCCUGUGGGGUGGCAAGAGGAAUUCUACCAUUGGCCUGUUGGUAGGUCGCAUUGUGUGGGAUUGUCUUUAAAAACAGAAAAAAAAAAAUCAUUCAUUUUUUAACCACCACCCCCGCCCUUUUUUUUUUUUUAAGUUUCGGGGCAUUGUAGUAUGGUAGUUUAGGACGAAGAAUUGUGGUUAUCAGUAUCAACAGAAAGCCAUCAGAAGACUCAAAAGGGAUUUAAACCUGACUUAAACUGAUCACCUUAGCUUUAGAUUUCUUCUGAGGUCAAAAGGAUUAUUUUUGGAAUCUAGUCUGGGUCAUAACUGUAUAGAGCAUCGUGCUUUCUCACCCCCCAAAUGGAGGCGGGACGACACCGGGCCAUGUACCCUCUUGGAGAGACACUCUGAAGACUGAAGACUUUCUCGGGGUGUAUAUGAUUGAUUACCCCUGAAUCAGUCCUAAGAAAAGAACUGCACUGGUGGUGGGUGGUGGGAGAGCCAGGGAGGAAAACUUAGUAAUGCCAGGAGAAGGGCUAAUCUGGGCAGCGCCUGGAAAUGUCACGUUCCUGACUCAUGUCUGUUUUGAUGACACGUAUUUCAGAAACAAUUAGGUAAGCGAAGCUCCCAGAUGUGACUGAGACACAACAGAAUGAAGCCAUACCCCUAUCUCCAACCUGUUGAGAGUACUGUCUUGUAGCAGUUUUACUUGUGUACGACAUUUGAAAUGGAGCUUUGUUUUGUUUUUUAAUAUAAGAAUAUUCAGAAUUGAAAAUUGUCUAUCCUGUUUGAAUCCUAGGGUUGGGGAAAAUAUUUUCUUGGCUUUGAAUGGGUAAAUGAUGAUAGAAAUAAGUAACGAAGCAAGAUAGUUAUGUGCAGUAAGUAGGCUGCUUAAGAAAUGCUCAUCUAUUGGCAGAUAAGUUGUAGCUGAUCAAAUAUUGCCUUUUGUGGGUUCCUUUGUAAACCCCCUCUGUGCUUACCUGUUAACAUAGGAGAAUUCUGAGGUCAUGGUAACCCAUGUUCUUAAAACGCAUUUCCAGUCGGAAUGUCAGGGCUCAACGGGAAUGCCUCUGGAAAUGGAGUUUCGUUUUUUGUUCUGUUAAUGUUUUGGUUACCCUCUGCUGAGCUUCAGUUUCAGCAGCCCAGUGUUCUGUUUAGUCUGAUAUUUUUUAGUAUCGUGCCAGAAUUCCUCGUUAUCUGCAAAGAAGACCAGAUCUGAGUAGUUAAGCCAUACUUUUGAAAGGUGGCUAUUGCUUAGAGCAAGAUACUCAUGAUCUUGGCAUAUUUUGGCAGUAGCUACUAGACCAGGCCCUCAGCAAAGACACAGGAAAUGAAAGUAGGACUAGAAUAUACCUCACUGUGACAGUGGAUCCUGAGCUGCAGAAGAGAACAUAUCAUUGUUCUUAACCUGGUCUAUGACUCUCUAGAGCAUCCAUAAACCUGGCUUGUUUUUGAAAGCUCUGUGAGCAUAUAUGGGGGUUUUUUGUUUGUUUUUUGCUUUUUUCCCUAGAGAAGAGUGUUCCUGAGUUAGAGUGAUCAGUAACCCACUAAAGAUUAGGAAACGCUAUUGUAGUCUUAACUUCUCACUUGACAGACUGAGGAAAUCAGUCUUGGGCUAGGGCACACAGAGUCAGGAUUUAAUCUACGGCUUCAGAUUCCUCCAAUCCAGUAAUCAUCUCCUGUACCCAUUCCCACUGUCCUGCUGUACUUACCUGUGAUGACACAAUGACUUGUACGCCAGACCCAAACCCAGUUUCUACCUUGAUGGAAUUUUAGGGUAUUUGAGUUAGGUGACAUCUAUUCAUUCAGUAAGUAGUCAAUAAGUAUUUAUUAUUUACUUGUUUCAUUUAAAAAGAGUAGCAUGUGCUCAUUAAAGAUUUGGAAAAGUGAAAGGAAACAGUGACAAAGUCACCCCUAGUCUCAGCCUUCUCAAACACAACCACUACUGGUACUUCAGUGUUUCCUUCUAGUCUCCCUUUCUGCAAAUGGAUGGAGUGUGUGAUUAUGUGGGUUUAACUUGGGUCAUGCUGAUGCUGUUUUCAGUUUUAUAUUAUGCUGUUUUUCAUUUAACACCUUAUAAGUAUUUUCCAUGUUAUAACAAUAAUGUAUUUAUUUGCACUCCUUGCCUGUUCAAAAUGUAUUUCAGUCACAGUAUUAGCCUUUGUUUAGGUGUAGUACUUAGGAGAGAUUCCCAGGGAAUAUGCUGCGUAGCUGGAGGCACAAAAGAUUUGUCUUGUGUCUUUGUGUUUCAGUGCCCCAGGUUUAAGGCUUGGUGUCAUGGAUGGGGUUUUAUAGAUAUUAUGGUAAUGCUCUUAGAGUUUAAAAAGUAUGUGUCAAGGGAAGCUUCUACUGCCAGAGCUGAGUGCCUCCUUUGCUGUUGGAUGUCUUCAUUUCCUUCUCUGAGAAUAGUUUAUCUAAUGAGUGAACACUGAAAACAUUUUAAUAAGACAAAAAUUAUUUCAGGUAUGCAUAUACUUUAUAAUUGUGUGAUAUGUGAUAGCAUAUACCUCUGGUAUGAGGGGAAAGGAGUUUAUUUUCUUUAAAGAAAUAGGUUAUUGACCCGUAUAUCAUGUUGAAUGAUAGUUGCCUUAAACGUCUAGAGAUCAAGUUCAUGUUGGUGGAUUGGCAUGGAAUUAAAUCUUUGUGAUAUUAUCUUAAAUUCUAUUCUGGUCCCUGGCAUUGGCUUACGGUCUUCUAUAACUCAAAUGGGAACAGAAGCUGGACUUGUUUUCCAAUGUGGACUAAAGCUGCUUUUGUUCUUUGGAAUCUGCCUUGCUUCCAGCAGGUUGGUUCCCUCACCCCACAUCCUUGCCUGAUGUCCUAGCAGGGUUGGAGUCUGUGUGGUAGGGUUUCCACUAAUCUUAAUGGUUCAUGUUGAUUACUUAAAACUUUAGUAUAUAUAUUUAAAACAUGAAACUUCUCCUCUUGUUAGAAAUCAAGGCCUAUGAUUCAAACAUACCAAAUUCUACAAGUAAUAAAACUGUAAGGUGUGGAAAAGAUGCAAAACCCUGUGGAAAACUCAAGGCCUCUUAAAAGGUGUUAGCACCUCCAUCUUAAGCUGCAGCAUUUUCCUCCGUGGCCACACGGGGGCACCUUUGGCUCUUUUAAUAAAUUAACUGUGCUGUGGGAACAGAUAAAAUUGUGCCCUUGGUAUUUUCUUGAAGUACCCUUUUGCUACCCAGAUACAUAUUUUAUAUGUAAAUAAAAUUUAAAAAAAUAAAAUUAGGAGAAAAAGAAAAA